AAAAUUUAUCAUCGAUUUUACCUUUUACAUUGAGUGCAUAAUUUCAAAAGUUCCAGUCUAGUGCAACAUAAAUUUUACCAUGGAAUUCGCUAUGGAAAUGGGCGGAAGUAGAAAGCACGAAAGCUAUAUAGCAAAAACUAGUGCAACACAUUCAUUCAUUAUUCAAAAAAUAGGUUAAUUGAAUGUCAGUUUUUGACGUGCAUUUCAUGUACGGUUAUGGAAAAAAAUAGUUCUCGAAACUUUACAAUGCAACUGAAAUUUCAAAAUGGAAAGUAACAAGGAUGAAGCUAUUCAUUGUAUUGAAAUUGCCGAAAAAUUCAUAGGGCAAAAGAAUGCAGUAAAGGCUCGAAAAUAUUUGAGAAAGUCUUUGAAACUGUAUCCUUCUGAAAUUGCUCAAAGUGUGUUUGAGGUGUUGGACACGUUCUUUCAAUCACAUUCCUCAACAUGUAAUGGCAAUUACAUGUCUGAAUAUUUCAGAUUUACUCAUUUCCAUAGAGGACUUACCUCAAUAUGAAGCAAAACCGUCUGCACAGUUGAGAAAACAGAAUUCAUCCAGACCUGGAAGUCGUCCCCAAACAGCCGAAGAACUAGAUCGAAUCAUUCAUCAGAUACUAAAUACUGACAAUUACUAUGAUAUGUUAAAAAUAGAAAAUAGUGCCACCGAAAAGGACAUAAAAAAGUCCUUUAAGAAGUUGGCCCUUCUACUCCAUCCAGAUAAAACUAAGCAUCCUGGCGCAGGUGAAGCUUUCAAGGCGAUAAGAAAUGCUCUUUCGAUUCUGACUGAUCCAACAAAACGAAGACAGUAUGAUAUUUACGGACCAGAAGCAGUGUUCGCUCCUUCUAGUAGCUGCAGUUUCAGAUCCACUUUCUCAGGGAAGCAGGAUGGUAAUAGUUCAGAAAAUGCUUCGGAGCACAAUUCAUCUGAAGGUGAUAAUGGUGGAUUGUAUGAUAAAACUACAAAAUAUGAGACUUUCACCCUGAAGUUGAUAUGGCCGAUUAUUUUUGCAAUCAUCCUAACCUGUGUGACAACCUCUUUCAUGCACGAUCCAUCGUAUAGCCUUCAGAAAUCUGUGAAAUACCCCAUGCUGAGAUAUACCCAUAACCUGAGGAUACCUUAUUAUGUGAAAGAAAACUUCCUUAUGGAAAAUUCUGGUUUGGCGAUCACUCAGUUGGACAACGAAGUUGAAAUUGAAACAAUUACGAACUUGCAGUACGCCUGCUACAACGAGAGGAGUUACCGUAAAUGUUUUUCAUUAGUUUGGUAUAAUCUUCGUCGAGUCUGAGUGAUUUAUUCAUGGAAACUACUUGCUCGAGUUGGCUAGGGAGAGGAAAAAUUCGAAACAGAUAUCUGAUUUACUGAAGAUGCGGUUACCUUCUUGUGAAAAUUUGUAUGAAAUGCAAAGAGUUCUGUAUAUGUGAUUUUUUUGAUUAUAAAAUAUAAACAUA